AGCUUCACCGAAUUUCACAUUUUACAAUAAAUACGAGCAUUACAUGAAGAUUUGGGUAAUCCGUUUGCAUCCAGAAUAGAAAUGUCAUCCCCGGUAACCUUGGCGUCGAUCGCAUCUUCCUGUCCGACCUAUAAACCUUUUCAUUUCAGCAGGGGUGUCUGCCAUUGCGCAGCAGCAAACUAGGUGAAGGAGGAAGGAUGCUUCAAUAGGCCGUCGGGGUCUGUUUCUUCAUUCAGCACGUUCCGUUCUCCAGUGAAAACUGCUGGACAUCGCCGUCCCCCCAGCCCAGAUCCCCCACUGAGGUCUGUCUCAGAUAUAUUGUCGCCCCCCCACCCCCCCCUCCUCUCCUUAAUCUCCCAGAUUGUCGGCGACUUGCUGCAGUCGAUGCUGCAGUUUUGAGCCGCUCCUGCACCGGGACCGCUGACUCAAUGAGAAAGACAUGCUCGCAUUCGUGUUGGUCUCUGGGUCGCUCUGGAUUAUAUUAGAGCUGAGUUCCACCCUGAUGGAGAAGAUGCAGGCCCAGGAGAUGAUGAGCGGCCUGAGGAUACCGGAGAUGGAUGAGCUCGGCCAGUUCUUUCGCUCCCUGCCGACCUCCACGCUGGUGGGCAUCGGCGCUCUGACCGCCGUGCUGGCUUAUUGGUUGGCCACCAGACCCCGCCCCAUCAAGCCACCCUGCAGCCUGCUGCACCAGUCCGAGGAAGUGCCACAUGAAGAUGGAGGCCGCAGGUCCAUGAUGGGUGACAGCUCCAAGCUGCUAACUCAUUACCAUGACGAUGCCAAGACCAUGUAUGAGGUCUUCCAGAGAGGCCUCCACAUAUCUGGUGAUGGACCUUGCUUAGGCUCGCGGCUCCCUAACCAGCCUUACAAAUGGAUGUCCUACAAAGAGGUUAGUGACAUUCAGGGGACAUCGUAUCUUCACAACGACAGUUUCUUACAGGCUCUGGGCAGAGAGCACUACAGAAACCCUAUACCACCAGUACCGGAUGACCUAUCCAUUGUGUGUUUCACCAGUGGGACCACAGGAAACCCAAAGGGAGUCAUGCUCACCCAUGGGAACGUGGUGGCCGAUUUCUCAGGUUUCCUCAAAGUGACAGAUAAAGUCAUUUUCCCCAACCAAGAUGAUUGCCUCAUUUCCUUCCUGCCACUGGCCCACAUGUUUGAGAGACUCAUUGAGUCGGUGGUGUACUGCCAUGGAGGACGGAUUGGGUUCUAUCAGGGCGAUAUCCGUCUCCUCCCAGAUGACAUGAAGACCCUGCGGCCGACAAUUUUCCCUGUGGUGCCUCGACUGCUCAACCGCAUGUACGACAAGAUCUUCAGCCAGGCUAACAGCCCGUUGAAGCGUUGGCUGCUUAACUUCGCUGCCAAGAGAAAAGGUGCUGAAGUCAGCAGUGGGAUCAUUCGCAGUGACAGCAUCUGGGACAAAAUCUUCUUCAGUAAGAUACAGGCCAGCCUGGGAGGGAAGGUGAGGAUGAUUUAAACAGGAGCAGCUCCUACCUCGCCCAGCUCUGGAUUCCUUAGAGCAGCUCUGGGAUGCCAGGUGUACGAGGCGUACGGCCAGACAGAGUGCACAGCUGGCUGCACCUUCACAACACCUGGAGACUGGACUCCAGGUCACGUCGGAGCCCCGCUGCCAUGUAACCUCAUCAAACUGGUGGAUGUACCUGAGAAGAACUACUUUGCCUCUAAGGGGGAGGGAGAGGUUUGUGUGAAGGGACCAAAUGUGUUUAAGGGCUACCUCAAAGACCCGGAGAGGACAGCAGAGACGUUGGACACAGACGGCUGGCUUCACACUGGAGACAUCGGCAAAUGGUUACCUAACGGCACUCUGAAGAUCAUUGACAGGAAGAAACACAUCUUCAAGUUGGCGCAGGGCGAGUACAUCUCCCCUGAGAAGAUCGAGAAUAUCUACAUUAGGAGUCAACCUGUGGCACAGCUUUAUGUUCAUGGAGACAGCCUGCAGUCUUGUUUGGUGGGAAUUGUGGUUCCUGACCCUGAAGUCAUGCCUGGAUGGGCCAAGAAAAAAGGAAUUUUAGGCACCUUCAAGGAUCUCUGUAAAAACACUGAAUUAAAGAAGGCAAUCCUUGAAGAUUUGGUGCAUCUGGGCAAGGCCAGUGGUCUCCACUCAUUUGAGCAGGUGAAGAACAUCUACAUCCACAACGAAAUGUUCUCCAUUGAAAACGGCCUCCUGACGCCGACACUAAAGGCCAAGAGACCGGAGCUGAAGGAGUUCUUUAAGGGGAAGAUUGACCAGCUCUACAGCAGCAUCUCCAUGUAAAGGCUGGCAGACCUUAUUUGCCUUCAAGCAUCUUAACACAAGGAUCUGCUUUGACCAUUGACCUGCAGUGGGACAAAGAUGACACCUUAGGCUUAACAUGCUUUGGGAAAGAAAGCCAGACAUGGCCCCUCUAUGGAAGAUUUCAAAUUCUGAAAUAAAAACAAAGAAAAGUAAUAAAGUUAAAUACAAUACACAUUUGUGUAUUUUCUUUUUAUGGAUGACUUUAUUGUGUCAUAAUUACAUUAAAGCAUAUGUAUAUCAAAAUUAGCUUUUAGUGUAAAACUGAAUGAAUUAAAAUAAAUCAAAAUUGAUAACAAAGUGGAGCAUUUCCGUGUUGUCCAGCAGAGACCAGCAUUGACCUGCCAAUACUAAAUGCAUUGACUGGAGACGUUGUUAAAGCCAAAAUGAGCAGGGCUGUGCGUAGAGCUUAUCAUUACUGACACAAGCUGAUGACAGCAAUUACAGACAGCCUUUCACAUUAAACAGUUUCCUGUUGGCUAGCCGGCCAGAGGGACACUACUAUUGACUGUACAUUAUGUUACAUUUGUGAAUGACGGAAGGAAUGUACUGUGCUGCACAAGGCUUUACAAACAGACAGAGGGAUCUUCUUGGCUCUAUUCUUGGUAAGUGUUAACAAUUAGCUUGUGUUAGCUUACAGUAAACACUGAGCGGAUUAUUUGAGGAGGAUAAGCUGAUGCUAAUAGAUGUCUGCAAGGUAGUUAGCUAAAAUUGGUGAUGGAAGUUUGCAGUGCUUCAUGUCACAUUGACUAGGAGUCAACUGUUACUGUCACUGUUCUUCUGACAACAUUACAAAGUGAUACGUUUGAGAAAAUUACUGUACAAAGAGACCUACUGUGUGGAAGAUGCUCUCUGCUGGACAACCCUGAAAUGCACCUUAUUUUAUGUGAUUUAAUUUGAUUGUGACUUAUAAAAUUGAUGUCAUUAAAGAUAAUUAAUUUAUUAAAGACAAAAAUCUAGAUAAUUCUAACAUGUUUUGCAUUUAAUUAUGACACCCAGAAUGCAUACAGAAAAUGGAAAUACAUAUAUUAUGUAUACAUAUGUGUAUUGUAUUUCACACAAUUUCUUUUUCACUAUAUGAUUUGUUUUACUUUAGGCAUUUUAAAUCUUCCAUACAUCCUACCUGCUAUCCACCCAAUCAAACCAUCAAAUGCUCUGUCCCUAGCACCAGAAUCUCAUCAGCACUUUUACGUUGAGCAAUCCAUUCCUACUUCCUGUCAGUCUUCUCUCCUCUGUCAGUUUAUACCUACCAGCCAAACACAAACUAAAAUCCCACAGUUGUACGACAGCAAGUGUGAUGUCUUUGUGUAUAGUGUAGCUCAAGCAGAUGUCUAGAUCUGUGAUUAUACUGACACCUUGUGACAGAAAUUAACUUCAUCCUCAGUGGAAAACAGUAGAUUUACAUUUGAUUGAACAAGCUGCUGACUUUAAGCAGGACCUGAUUAAUCUCCCCUGAUCUGACACAACAAGAUUAAAUUUAUGCUCAACCCAGACAUCAUGCAGUAAGACCGAAAACACAUCCUCCUGUGUGAGGUCUAAAUUAAGAUAAUAAGGUUGGGAGAGUAGAAGUUCCUGCCUUACAAAUCAUUGCUUUCCACACAGUUUCAUGUGGGGCAUUUGAAUGUUUGAGGCACAACCAAAUCACUGUUCCUGUCACGUAUUCACUCAUUCAUUAAGUCAUCUCUACAUGGCUAUGAUCAGCAGUUUAGCAUGCAUGCUCCUUUAUAUAAAGGACUGGCCCACUGUAACAAUUAUCAAGGUUCGGACUCUGCAGUUGGUUCAAUCACAACUUUCUUUACGUCCAUCAUUGCACAAAGAGUUUGUCAGGUAACAGAAAAAAAA